CGCCGCUGCUGCUGCAUCACAACAGCCGUCGCCUGCUAGCUAGCUAGCGCACCACUGACCGACCGGGGGGCCCACAGGAGUCUUGUCGCCGUGUCCGUGACGCUGCAACGUGCCUGAGGAUCACAUCGCGGCCGCGCGGGGAGGAGUAGGGUGAUUUCAAACCAUCCACAAGUGGGUCGCCUGCACGAUUGUUCCUGCUCCUGCGUGUCGGGUCAUGGCCAGGCCGGAACAGGUCCUGCUCCUGGAGCCUCAGCACGAACUCAAAUUCCGAGGUCCAUUCUCCGACGUGGUCACCACAAAUCUCAAGCUCUCCAACCCUACAGACAGGAAUGUGUGUUUCAAGGUGAAGACGACCGCGCCACGCCGGUACUGCGUGCGGCCAAAUAGCGGCAUCAUCGACGCAGGCACCUCCAUCAAUGUCUCAGUUAUGCUGCAGCCUUUUGAUUAUGACCCCAAUGAGAAGAGCAAACACAAGUUCAUGGUUCAGUCCAUGCUCGCGCCACCUGACAUGACCGACAUGGAGGGAGUGUGGAAGGAGGCCAAGCCUGACGAGCUGAUGGACUCCAAGCUGAGGUGUGUUUUUGAGAUGCCAGCGGAGAACGAAAAGACCCACGACAUGGAGUCCAACAAGAUGAUGUCGUCCAGCUCGCUGAAGUCCGAUUCCUCCAUGCUUCCUACCAAGUCCAUGAGCUCCACCCUCGAUGACGGCGAGGUGAAGAAGAUCAUGGAGGAGUGCAAGAGGCUGCAGAUGGAAGCUCAGAGGCUACGGGAAGAAAACAAACAGAUCAAGGAGGACGACGGUCUGCGAAUGAGGAAGAGCAACAUGAUGUCUUCCCAGCACCCCACGGCCGGCAUGAAGAGGGAGGAAGGCCUGAGCGCCCGCUCGGUCGCCCUCAUCGUCCUCUUCUUUUUGGUGGGCGUCAUCGUGGGCAAGUUGGUGUUGUAGAGCGCGGCGGGGCAGUCAAGUGGGCGGGGCAUGCUUUCGUGGGGAUGAAACCAAAUCAAAAAGGCGGGAUGUUGGAGUUAGGACGAGAUAUGCCAUAUCUGCUGGGUGGGGGCGGGGGGGUCGGGCUUGCGGGGGGUGGUUUUGAUUCAGCAUCAUUUAUAGUAAAAAAAAAAAAAAAAGGUAAUGUUUGAGGGGGGAACACAGGAAAUUAAUGAUUCACCGUCUUAUAAAGGAGCUGUUACAGGUCUGCCUAAUCACUUAUGGUCAUUUCCCUCUUCACCAACUUCCAUGAGGACAUGUGGGCGGGGCCUGGCGCAAUGCUCACAUUACCGUUAUUCCUCACGUGUGAGGCAAUGCGAGGAAUGUCACGUGUAUGUUUUCUCAACAACAAGAGUAUAUCUUCACCCCCCCCCCCCCCCCCCCCCCUCCAGUGUUGGAUAUAACACCACCGUCUUGUGGUACAGUCAGACAUUUUGCCUAUUUCCUUCCUCUCACCUGAUCACUACACCCCCAUCUCCACCAGGGAGGGCGGAGGCGGAUCUUGGUCGCAUGCAUGUUGCAUCUGGACUGUUUUUUGUUUUGGAAAUCUUAAUUUAAUUGCUUUUAUAACGGUGUUGAUUGUGUGAUUUAUUCGGCUAUAGGUUUGCACAAAUGCUUUCAUUUCUUUUCGUUUGGGUUCGAUAUCCGAGACUUGUUGUCUGCAAAAGCAUUUAGGAUUAUUGCCGGGGGAGAGCUCCAGAUUUUGUCGGCUUUCGUACGGCGCCCCGCUAACGUUCACCAGGCCGACGCUUUGCCUUGUGACCUGUUGAAGUGAGUUUUUCCUCAGGCCCAGACAUGAGUACAGUACCUUGUUACACAUGCCUGGGAGAGAAACACACAAAACCAGAAGGUGCAUGUAUGGUCUUUUUGUUUCCGUGGCAACAAAAUCCCCGGUAUCCAAACAAAGCUUUUCCACAUCUUCCCUACAGAGCCAUACAUUCUGUUUUUGUGUGCAGAAAAUGUAUGUUAGCAAACAGUGGCAUGUUGCGAGCUGCCUUCACAUGAUUUCCACCUUCUUCUUUUUUUUUUUUUUCUACUGCUGGCACGUGUUCCAUCGUGGUGUGUUUGUUCAAAUCCAUGUUUUAUAAUCCUCACGGCAUUUGAAGUUGUUUCAUGUUUACUGCACUAAGCUGAAGAGUGUGAUCUUCCUAUAGCCUCGAGGGACCACGAAAUGACAUUGUACUGUGUAUCGGAAGCCAGUGGUUUAUUUUCUUGCGUUGAAAUAAAAGUUUGGGUGGAAAAAUUUGCUGAAAAUAGGUCAAAAUUCCAAAAAAAACGUUCUUGUGGAUUUGAGAGUCGUGUGUUCCUAUUACUGUAUCUCUUUUAAAGGGGAACUGCACUUUUUUUUUGCAUUUUGUCUUAUUCAUAAUCCUUAUGUAAGACAAGAACACUUGUUUUUUGAUGCAUUCUAACCAGGAAAAAAUUUUUAGCAAAAGUCAGCUAAUAAAAGUCAAUGGAAGUCGCUCGAUUCCGCCUAUUGAGUCCUGUAAAAACCUCCAUCAAGGCUUUAUAUACACGCUGCACACACCUUCUCAUUCAAUGCGUUUUCUUUAUUUUCAUGACUAUUUUCAUUGUAGAUUGUCACUGAAGGCAUCAAAACUAUGAAUGAACACAUGUGGAGUUAUGUACUUAACAAAAAAAAAAGGUGAAAUAACUGAAAACUAUUUUCAAGUUUCUUCAAAAUAGCCACCCUUUGCUCUGAUUAGUUUUUCGCAUUCUCUCGAUGAGCUUCAAGAGAAAUGGUUUUCACUUCACAGGUGUGCUUGAAGCUCAUCAAGAGAAUGCCAAGAGUGCAAAAAAGUAAUCAGAGCAAAGAGUGGCUAUUUUGAAGAAACUAGAAUAUAAAACAUCCAUCCAUCCAUUUCCUACCGCUUAUCCCUUUCGGGGUCGCGGGGGGCGCUGGAGCCUAUCUCAGCUACAAUCGGACGGAAGGCGGGGUACGCCCUGGACAAGUCGCCCCCUCAUCACAGGGCCAACACAGAUAGACAGACAAUAUUCACACCCAUCCAUCCAUCCAUUUUCUACCGCUUAUUCCCUUCAGGGUCGCGGGGGGCGCUAGAGCCUAUCUCAGCUACAAUCGGGCGGAAGGCGGGGUACACCCUGGACAAGUCGCCACUUCAUCGCAGGGCCAACACAGAUAGACAACAUUCACACACUAGGGCCAAUUUAGGGUUGGCAAUCAACCUAUCCCCAGGUUUUCAGUUACUUCACCUUUUUUUGUUAAGUACAUAACUCCACAUGUGUUCAUUCAUAGUGUUGAUGCCUUCAGUGAGAAUCUACAAUGUAAAUAGUCAUGAAAAUAAAGAAAACACAUUGAAUGAGAGGGUGUGUCCAAACUUUUGGCCUGUACUGUAUAUGUAAUAUAUUCAAAUUCAUAACAUUUAAGUUUGCUUAUUUUAUGCAUAUGCACUAAUUUAAUAGACGCAUCACAACGUAAUAAAACAAUCACUUACUGUACAAUGUCUUCUUUUAAUAGGAUGCUGACUGAUGGGAUGUGUAUUUUAGUUGCCUAAUAGUUAGAGUGUCCGCCCUGAGAUGGGUAGGUCGUGAGUUCGAACCCCGGCCGAGUCAUACCAAAGACUAUACAAAUGGGAGCCAUAACCUCCCUGCUUGGCACUCCGCAUCAAGGGUUGGAAUUGGGGGUUAAAUCACCAAAAAUGAUUCCCGGGCGCGGCCUCCGCUGCUGCACACUGCUCCCCUCACCUCCAAGGUCAAGGGUGAUGGGUCAAAUGCAGAGAGUAAUUUCACCACACCUAGUGUGUGUGUGUGUGACAAUCAUUGGUACUUCAACUUAAUAUCUUCCCGUCUAGAUGAAGAAUGAAUCAUCAGUGAUUUUUUUUUUUGGUCUAAGUUGGAUGUCAAAGUGUACCAACUUCUGGGUUUAUGUCCACAUUAUUUUACUAUCCAGGUGGAAGGCAUGAUUUGUAAUUGUGACAGUCUCAAGCCGUCGUGUGGGUUCCAAGGACCACCAAGCACAGACAUUACUUCGAGCAGAGUUUUGACUUCGUUUAUUUGUCAAUAAACCUUCAGUCCCGUCGGUUCGCUUUUCAGCCCUGCCGCUUUCACUGCUCGCUCCUCUGUUCGCUUUUCAGCCUCCCGCGUCGUCUGCCUCGCUGUCGGACUGCCGGCCUCUCCACAGUAAUCUAUAAUUAACUUUCACCGGCUCAGAGGCGAAAGAGCAGCUCACCAGCUGAUGUCAAUAUAGCAGCAUAAGCCAGUUAGCGCUCUGAUCAAUGUGCCGCUAAAAGUAGGUCCUUAACCUUAACGUUAAAUCUUAUAAUAACACUUGGUUCAUAUUAAAGUCACAAAAUUGUAAUGUUUUUGGGGGUUUUACGGGCGCAAUACACGCAAUGAUGUUAUGCUUCCAUGGUAAGUUUAUGAGUUCAAAUGCAUAAAAAAAGAGGUGUUCUUGCCUUAUAUCAGGAUUGUGAAUUAUCAGCAAAAUCGCCCCGCCCCCCCCCCCCCCCCCCCCCAAAAAAAAAAGUGCAGUUGCUUUGAGGAUGACUUGCUGAAGAGAGGGCUUAGCAGACCUGGAAUUAAUUUACCAUCAUGUAGUACUUGCAGAAAAGAAGCUGCACUGUUCACUGUGUUUCAGUUAGAGCAUUGCUACAUUUAACACAACACAAAUAACACUAUUUACCAGAAUUGUGUAAAAAAAGAAAAAGAAACCUCCAAUCCUGCUGUGACGCACCACCGAUUUGCUAACUCCCAAGUAGGCCGAAAACACAGCGUGUAAAUACUUGAUCCCGGGCAAGACACUACAGUCGCCAUCAACCUGAAGCAGUUUGCCAACUGUUUUGUAUGUAUGUAAACAAAUAAGUCUAUCUGAGAAGAGGAAAACAAGAUGAAUAUUCUUAGUCAAGUAGUCUCUGGUGUAUAAAAACUCAAUCCCACCUGGUUGGACUAUGUAGCAUCUUAAUAAAUGAAAGGAAUUAAAGUCCCUACCUGAG